UUAGAUGUAACUAAGAAUGAGAGAUGGCUCUAGCUCUACCCGGAGUAGGAGUGUUUGGAACCUGCCCUGCAGUGUAUACUCUAGUACCCGUUCUUAGAGAUAAGGGCUUCCUGGUUCAAGCAAUUUGGAGCGGAAGAAAGCAGGAUGCUGAGGCAGCUGCUUCUAAGCUUUGUAUUCCCUUCUUCACAACGCAGAUCGAUGACGUAGUUCUGAGGAAAGAUGUCGAUCUCAUAAUUAUAUUCACUCCGCCCAGUCUUCAUUCUCAGAUUAGCGUGAAAGCACUGCGGAUUGGUAAACAUGUUGUCUGUGAUAGACCUGGUGGAUUAAAUCAAACAGAAUCAUUAAGAAUGGUUCGCGCUGCAGCUUAUUAUCCAACAUUGCUGGCCAUGAUGGCUUUUAGUCUCAGAUUUCUUCCCAACAUGAGUUUAAUGAAGAAAUUGAUAAAAGAAAACUAUGUGGGACAAAUAACACUCUGCGAUAUCAGGAUAGUUUGUGAAAGUAUGCUUGAAAGAAAGUACUCCUGGCUGUGUGACUCCGCCAUGGGCGGAGGAGCGCUGUCUCUGCUAGGAUCCAACGUGAUAGAUCUGCUUCAUUACCUCGGGUUCGGAAAAGCUGUCAGAGUUCAUGCAAAUUUGAGAACUCUCAUUCCAACCACGGACAAUAUAGGUGGAAUAAGACAGGUUAGUUCUGAUGACCUCGCAGUUCUCCAGCUCCAGCUGGCUGGAGGAACACUAGUAACAGUUUUCAUUAACUCCGACAUGGCAGGGUUCAGCCAGGAUAUUGUUGUGUGCGGGACGGAUGGAUAUCUAGUUGCUCAGGGUGGAGAUCUCAAGGGUAGGAAGACCAGGGAGCUAAGAGAUGAGGUCUUGUACCUGGAUGUAGAGGAUUUUAAUUCUUCAGAGAGUUUUUCAUCCGCCCUUCCUAGGAUACAUAUGAAAGGACUGAUGAGAAUGGUUAGUUUCCUCAGGGAUAGAUUCAGUGGAGUUGAACCUCAGACUGAUUCUAUAUACGAACCUGCUCUAUUCGACCAGGGAUUGUAUAUUCAGUCUGUGAUAGAAGCGAUGAGAAAAUCAAGUGAAACCAGACAGUGGGUUAAGGUUGUAACAAGCCAGGAGGAAGGUUCUGAUUCAGGAGAGACAUCUUGGUCCUCCUACGCAUAAGGAACAAGUGGUCUACUUUGUACCUGGAGGCAAAUGGGAGAUGAAACCUUGUAUAUUUUCCAUUUUUAGUUCUAAAGCAUUUAUGUAUUUUUAUGUACUUAUUCUAUUUUAACGUUAAAAUUGUGUUCCUAGAUAUUUUUAUGUUUUUCUACUGCCUUGUACUAUUUUUGCAACUAACUCUCAACUUCCGUCAAACCCGCGCAAUGCAAUUUAUUUUGCAAUAAAAGUUUACAACACGUCAAUAGUUUAUUGAUGUACUUUUGUUUUUUUACUGGUUUACUGAUUUAGUAUUAGUCACUUCAGUUUUCGACACGGUUGGUAGGAUAUCCCUGAAAUUCUUAUUUAAUUUGAUUACCAGUAUAACCAGUAUAUACUGGAUACUGACAGUAUAAAAUUGUUACCAUUGUAAUUAUUUUAUAGCUGUACAAACAAAUUUCUAGAACAUCUUUGGUAAGCGUCAAGCGAUUAUAACCCUUACAAAACUUAUGAUAAUAAAACGGGUAAAAUUCAUGGUGAAAGUCGGGUUUUGUUAUGGUUUGUGCAGGAUUAAAUUUUUAAAAGUUUGUCGUGCUGGUUUAGACCGGAUUGUUUUGGUUUGAAUGAAUGAUUAUUUAUCGGUUUUCUUCUGAUAAUACCGGAUUUUAUUGGGUUGUGCUGGUAUAAAAUCUGAUAUUUUUUGGAGUUUAUUUGGAAAAAUAGACAUUUUGAAAAAAUGUGUGCAGUGCUUUUUUAAACUUUUCCAGUUGGAACGUGUUUGGUAAAUCUUGUUUCUAAUUCAAAAUAUUCCCUUAGGCCUACAGUUUAUACAAUACACAGUAGAUACCUUAUUGUACUUCUUGUAUUUAGUAAAUAUUUUGAAAAAGACUGUUUUAAAUGAAAAAUAUAUUUAUGAAUCCUAA